GAGAGGAGGGGGGCUGUGGCAGUAGGUGAGGAGAGCAAUAAAGUACUAGCAUGCAGAUGCUGUGUGUAGGUUAAGCUAGUUAUACUAUAUUACUUGAAUAAUGUAAUAUGAUUUUUGAUUAAGUGCCGUAAAGUGCCAUCAAGUCGGUGUCGACUCUUAGCGACCACAUAGAUAGAUUCUCUCCAGGAUGAUCUGUCUUCAACAUGGCCUUUAAAGUCUCUCAGUGGUGCAUUCAUUGCUGUCGUAAUCAAAUUUCUAGGGUCUGGGGUAUAGCAAGGUUUGAGUGGGCCCUGGAAAACAAAGUAAAGAUAGGCCCAUGCUUCCCUGCUUCUUAGCUAGCUUCACCCCUGCCUAAGAUCUCAAGCACUCCUGGCACCUGCUCUCUGAGAUCCUUUGAACUGGAGAUGCCAGGGUUUAAACAUGGGCCCUGAAACAUGCAAAGCAUGUGCUCUGCCAUCAAUGACACAAGAAGCCCCUUUUGCCUUUUGUGAACCUGGAUACGGUGCUGCCCUGAGAGCAGUCUACAGGCAACCCUGAAAGUUCCUGUGGUUUCCUAGCCUUUGGCUUGGAGACUGUCCCUACUAGAACUGAUUAUUCAAAUCGGCCUUGAUCAACUCCUCAAGUGUCUUCCCAGAGUUAUUUUGAUGCAAAAUAGCACAUACUACAACAUCUGAUGCUUUUCUGCAGAACUUGGAUUGCCUCUCUUCAAUAUUUUAAGAAGGAAUGAAAAUGUGAUAGAAGUUGUGGGCAGAAAACAGAAAGGAGCUUCAUUUGACCAUACUGAGCAUGCUCCAAUGCUUUUGAGCAUGCUCAGAUGUACAGGGAAGGGGUUGUUCUUAAGUAUGAGAGAGUGCUACUCCAUCAGCAGGGGGAAACAUCCACUAAAGAGCAAUUAACCAGAACAGCAUAGUAGUUAGGGUUGGACUAGGAAGACCUGAGUUCGAAUCCCCGUUCAACCAUGAAACUCACUCGGUGACUUUGGGCCAGUCAUGUAUCUCUCAACCUAACUUACCUCACAGGGUUGUUGUGAGGAUCAAAAUAAGCAUGUACACCUCUCUGAGCUCCUUGGAGGAACAGCGGGAUAUAAAUGUUUAAAAUAAUAAUAAUUUCAGGACACAGGGAAAAUGCCACAGCUUUUCUCUUGCUUGAACUCCGUGUCCCAGUAUCCAGAGAAGCGGGGAGGAAAAAAACCAGGACAGAUCACAGCGAGAAAAGCCUUAGUGGGGAAAUGCUUGCCUAACAAACAGAAGGUCUCUUGUUCAAAUCCCCGCUGGUACUAUAUCGGGAAGCAGUGAUAUAGGGAUAUGCUAAAAGGCAUCAUCUCAUACUGCACAGGAGGAGGCAAUGGUAAAUCCCUCCUGUAGUCUACCAAAGAAAACCACAGGCCAGGGCUCUGGGUGCCAGGAGUCAAAAUCGACUUGAUGGCACACUUACCUCUAUCAACCACAAGAGUCCCUCUCGUUAACCGAUAUAAGGAACCUCAGCUCUGCUCCCGACCUCAGACCUGUGAACCCUUCAAAUGGCUGCUGCCAUGUUGACCUCAAAGAGGAAGAAAAACCAAAUAGGCUGCAGGGUAUCAGCCACCUUUUUGCCCCAAGUUAGUGCAUCCUGCUGAGGGAGAGGGAAUGGCUGCUGCAGAGCCGGCUCAGGAGCUGGACACACCUGAAGAGGAGGACAAAGAAGAAAACGAAGAAGGGGAGAGAACAUUGUGUUUGCCUGGCCCUGGUCAAGGACCCCUCACAAAUGAUGCUGAAGAGGAGGAGGAAGAGGACUGUGCAGCAUCCCCAGGAUCCCCAAGUUCUGCUGGGAUGCCCCAACCAGAAGGGGAAGAAGCAUCGUGGGGUCUGCACCUCCAGUGCACAGAGGAAACAGAGAGCCCAAGAGGAAGCAAUGGUCCCCAUGAAGACAACAGCUGGGAUUCCCAAAAAGUCUUUGUGAGCUCUCCUUGCUCAGUCUCGUCACACCCAGGCAGCGAGAAUGAAGAAGAUAAUCCAGAGGUUGUGGAGUCUCUCCUGCCCUUGCCCAGAGUCUGCAAAAGAAGCAUGUCCCUGGAUAUUAAGGGAAGGGAAGCCCGAGAGACGCAAGAGAAAAGCUACUUUGGAGAGAAGUGGACUAGAACCCCUCCCUACAUGGAAAUCCUUGGGAGCACUCAAGAAUCUGUGAUCCACCAGGGACCCAGCACCCAUAACAAGGAGCGUGGGAAGAUCUUGAAGGCCAGGCCCUCCAACCUCAUUGCCCGGCAGAGACUUCAUGGGAGCAAGAAGCUCCACCGGUGUGCUGACUGUGGGAGAAGCUUUGGUAUCUUCUCAAACCUCAUCCGCCACCAGAGGACCCACAUUGGGGAGAAACCCUACAAGUGUCCCGAUUGUGGGAAAGGGUUUGGCCACAGCUCGGCCCUUAUCACUCACCGGCGGAUCCACACUGGGGAGAAGCCGUACAUGUGCAACGAGUGUGGGAAAAGCUUCAAUGUGGUGUCCAAUCUUCUCCGCCAUCAGAGGAGUCACACGGGAGAAAAGCCUUACCAGUGCCCUGACUGCGGGCGUUGUUGCAGCCAAAGGUCACACCUGAUCACUCACCGGCGCCUCCACACGGGGGAAAGGCCUUACCAGUGCCUGGAAUGUGGCAAGAGCUUCAAUGUCAGCUCUGACCUGAUCAAGCAUCGGAGAAUCCACACGGGCGAGAAGCCUUACGAGUGCUGCUACUGUGGGAAGCGCUUCAGCGGCAGCUCCAACCUCAUCACGCAUCAGAGGCUCCACACAGGGGAGAAGCCCUACAUCUGCCCCGAGUGUGGCAAAAGCUUCACCAUCAGCUCCAAGCUGAUCGCACAUCAGAGAAUCCACACUGUGGAAAAACCCUACGAUUGCACCGACUGUGGGAAGAGCUUCACUGAACGGCCCCGCCUGACCAGGCACCAGCAGAGUCCCUACCACCGCGAGAAGCGCUUCAAGUGUGCCGACUGCGGGAAGAGUUUCACCACCAGCUCCUAUCUCAUCACCCACCAGCGCACACAUACGGGAGAGACGCCUUACAUCUGUGGGGACUGUGGUAAAAGUUUCACAGUCAUCUCUAACCUGGCCAGGCAUCAGAGGAUCCACACGGGUGAGAAACCCUAUCAGUGCCCAGACUGUGGAAGGAGCUACAGCCAACGGGCCCACCUAACAACACAUCUGCGAGUCCACACUGGGGAGAAGCCUUAUGUCUGUUCUGAAUGUGGGAAAAGCUUCAAUGUAAACUCGUCCCUCACUAAACACCGGAGAAUCCACACAGGCGAGAAGCCCUAUAUGUGUCCUGACUGUGGGAAAAUGUUCAGCCAGAGCUCUAACGUCAUCACUCACCGGAAGCUCCACCAUGGGGACAGCCUUCUUGGUGGCCCAGUUAGGGUCCUUCAGAUCAAAUAGGUCUUCUUAUCUCUAAGAAUCUGGCUGCCUUUCAUGAACCUAGCAAGGGGGGUGGUCUCUUGUCUUGCCUUGUCUUUGCUUUGGAAUAACUCCUGUUGAAUUGUGGAGAGCCUUUUCUCCUCCCACUGGUAAAUGAUCUAUUCCUCACUGAGCUCCAGAUACACUAGCUACUUAGUACUGGUGGUGGUAGUGGGGAAAUGCACACUUACACUUAAUCUUCCACCAGAACCUCCAAUGUGGUGGAAACCCCUACAUGUGUGAGGGGCUCUAGCCAGCCUUUUCUUGUAAGUACACAUCAGAGAAUCCUUACAGGCUGGAGACCUGGAUUCCCUGAUGCCUCCAAGGAAGCUGCCAACUCAUUUUGUCUUGCUUACCACAAGAACAUCCACUUUCAGGGGGGGACUUCUUUUUGCUCUAAUGAUGUGUGUGUGGAAACUACAGUCAGUGCACUACACAUCAUGUUGGAGAGACUCUCUUAAGCCUCCAGUGGAUCCAAACAGUCCAUCUGCUCAUUCCCCUGAAGAAGCACUUGCCCUUUAGUCUUUGGACAGAAAGUUCUGUGGCACCUUUGAACUUCUUUGGGCUUCUCUAGUCAUUCCUUCUAGGAAUCGGGAUGCAGCAGUUGACCACAAGUGGGGCCAUGUGGAUCUGAAGUAUAGUAUUCUGGUCCCUGGCUGAUCUGAUAACAGGGAAUAAAAAUAUAGCAGUAUCUCCAGGAGAUUUUUUUUAAAGGCUUCCUCUCCUUGAAACCUCCACUGUUUUCCAAAACUGGAGAUAGCCCCUUCAGCUCAGUUUGUUGUUUUGAUUUUUCUUUGGAGGGGGUAUAUGUGUGAUGUCCUGGAUUUCAUACUAGGAUUGUUUUGUGCCUGUCAUAUGACAAUAAAAAACAUUAGUCCUUUUGUACA